CUGGCUGGGGAUUUAGUUUAUCUCAGUGUUUAUUAUCGUCGAAUUCAUAGAAAAUGGAAUUUUUAAUUGGUAUUGAAGGGGAUGGGUUUGUUUUAGUUGCUUCUGACAGAACAUCAGCAAGAAGCGUUUUUGUUAUGAAACAUGAUCAAGACAAAAUGUUUAAGUUAAGUGAAAAAAUUGCAAUGUUGGUGGUUGGUGAUUCCGGUGACACUGUUUCAUUUGCAGAAUUUAUUCAAAAGAAUCUCCAACUCUACAAAAUGAGAAAUGGUUAUGAACUUUCACCGCAUGCAGCAGCUAACUUCACCCGCAAGCAACUUGCAGAUGCUCUUAGAACCCGUUCGGCAUAUCAAGUGAAUUUAUUGAUGGCAGGUGUCGAUGAUACAGAAGGCCCAUCAUUAUACUACAUAGAUUAUCUGGCAUCACUCAAUAAGGUACCCUUCGCAGCACAUGGCUACGGCUCAUUCUUCUCCCUCAGUGUAUUAGACAGAUAUUACAAGAAAGGUCUCUCAAAAGAUGAAGCAGUUGACCUUCUGCAGAAAGCCCUCCUUGAAGUUCAGAAGAGGUUCAUUGUCAAUCUACCAUCAUUCCAGGUUCGAAUCAUUGAUAAGGACGGAAUACAUGAUCUACCCACAAUGCCCCUUCAGAGUUCUUAGGGGCUAAAGUUUUCUACCAACUUGUCAGAUUUUAAAUAUUAUCUUCUGCCAACGAUGCAUUAAUUAGUGGUAGAUAUCCCCACUUUCUACCCAAUGCAAUUUUGAUAGAAGAAGGUACUCUAUAGUUGUCCAGCAGUAUUGAAGAGAACAUACAUGCAGCUCUUCUUAUACUCACUCAAUUGUAAUUGUUUUACCAACAAUUGAGUUGAUAAUUACAUCUACCAAAAUGCAUCAUAGUGAAUGCUGUUUCUACUACAUUCUACUAUUUUGCUUUAACAGAAAAAUGUAAUAAUUCAUUACCAGAUUGUGUACACUAACAACUCUGCAGAUACUUGUCAGUUUGUGAAUAACUUCUAGAAUUUAUUGUUUUAUCAUCAAGUUUGUUACAGGUAUACAAAAUUGUUAGAAUAUACUGUACACUUCACAGUGUAAGUUUAGGAUUAUUAUCUACAUAAUAGGAAUGAAAUAAUGUCCGGAACCAUAUGGAAAUCAGAUGGAAUAUAAUUCUGUAUUUGUUUUCUGUUAUUAAAAGCACAGAUAUUUA